UUAGCCGAGAGAGGAGAGAGGGCGGAUUGUUUGCUCACUGGAUCAUUAUAUUUAAUCUGAAACUAAAUAAUUAACUUCUUUCCCAUCUACAAAGCAUUUCGAUGCAAAAUAACUAAUUUAUGAGGGGCAAAGAUUUAGAAAUACUCCGUGGAUUUUUUUUUUUCUUUUCCCUUUCGAACCAACUAAGAGAAGACUGAGGUAGGUGGCAAUCAUCAAGUGCUAUGAAAAGGGGACGCAUUUCCAGGCCAAACACCAGAGCACCCUAGAAAGCUUUAACUAAAAGAAUGCUCAUGUUUGACCCAGUUCCUGUCAAGCAAGAGGCCAUGGACCCUGUCUCGGUGUCAUACCCAUCUAAUUACAUGGAGUCCAUAAAGCCCAGCAAGUAUGGAGUCAUCUACUCCACACCAUUAUCCGACAAGUUCUUUCAGACCCCGGAAGUCCUGUCGCACGGGAUGCAGAUGGAGCCGGUGGACCUGACUGUCAACAAGCGGAGUUCACCGCCCUCGGCUGGGAAUUCUCCUUCCUCACUGAAGUUCCAGUCCUCGCACCGGAGAGCCUCGCCCGGGUUGAGCAUGCCAUCGUCCAGCCCGCCCAUGAAAAAGUACUCACCCCCGCCCCCGGGAGUGCAGCCCUUCAGCAUGCCGCUGUCCAUGCCGCCGGUGAUGGCCGCUGCCCUGUCCAGGCACGGAAUUCGGAGCCCGGGGAUCCUGCCGGUCAUACAGCCCGUCGUGGUGCAGCCCGUCCCCUUCAUGUACACCAGUCACCUCCAGCAGCCGCUCAUGGUGUCCCUGUCCGAGGAGAUGGAAAACUCAAACAGUAGCAUGCAAGUACCUGUAAUUGAAUCAUAUGAGAAGCCUAUAUUACAGAAAAAAAUUAAAAUAGAACCUGGGAUCGAACCACAGAGGACAGAUUAUUAUCCUGAAGAAAUGUCACCCCCUUUAAUGAACUCAGUGUCCCCCCCGCAAGCAUUGUUGCAAGAGAAUCACCCUUCAGUCAUAGUACAGCCGGGGAAGAGACCUUUACCUGUGGAAUCUCCAGACACCCAAAGGAAGCGAAGGAUACACAGAUGUGAUUAUGACGGAUGCAACAAAGUGUACACUAAAAGCUCUCACUUGAAAGCACACAGAAGAACACAUACAGGAGAAAAACCUUACAAAUGUACAUGGGAAGGAUGCACAUGGAAGUUUGCUCGGUCUGAUGAACUAACAAGACAUUUCCGAAAACAUACUGGAAUCAAACCUUUCCAGUGUCCGGACUGUGACCGCAGCUUCUCCCGUUCUGACCACCUUGCCCUACAUAGGAAACGCCACAUGCUAGUUUGAAUGUCUCCGUCUCCGCCUCGGCACGCGGCUCCCCACUCGCCCAGCUCUCUCUGUCCUCCCUCCCGUUGUCUAACUCAUUUUUUACAUGUACAUUUUAAUUUUGAUUCAGCUGGUCUGAAUCUCUGAAUUUAUAUCAGUCAAACUUCCAUAUGGUCAGUAGUAAAUAUUCUCUAAUCCUCCCUCCUUACCACGGGUCAGACCUAAAGAAUGUGAACACUUUUUUUUUCCGGGGAUGCUAAGCAAACCCUUCUUACAGAUAAGUUUAAUGUAAUGAGAACAAGGGAACAUGUAAACAAACAGAACCAGUUGUCGGUUUGUCCAUGUAUUCCUCAAAAGAAUGUCAAAGUAAAUGUGUUAGAAAUACAGUAUCCAGCCUGCUAGUCCUUGCCAGAGACAGUCAUACCUCUGAGCCCUGUGAUCGCAUUUUGUGCUGCACCGAGAAAAGACGGGUGGACCCCUGCACAGGUCAGCUAGAAGGGCAGCAAGAUUCCAGGCGAGUUCAGUCAGCUCUUCCGUUAUCCUUCACCAAUCUUGCUUGUCAAGUUGGAUUUAUCACUUCAUCGACAUUAAGUCCUUUGCCCUCCUUCGUGCCUGCAGCUAAUAAGGAGGACUUUGCCACCAGUGGAAGAUAAGCUAGAGUUGUUGACGUAGGGAGGUGAUCUGUCAGUUCAAGGGAUGGAGGCUGUAUUUGCAUCGAGUGGAGUUGGAGCAAAGGGGCAUUGAGCAAGGGGGCAGAGGAGGAAGCCAGCCAGGGGUUUCCAGUGAGAUUUCAUCAUUUGGUUAGCUGUGCGGUGCGUUCCUAGAACUUCGGUCUCUGCAUAUUCAACUGUGCAGAACCGUCCAGCAAAGCCAAAUACUGAUGGGGUUACCCAUGUACCAACCUCCAGUCCUACAGUGUCCUUAAUAUAGAUCAUCAAGCAUUGAGAGUAGGGACGCCACAAAAAUAUUUGCCCAGAAAUGGUGAAGAAUCUUUUGGAUGGGGGUCUGAAUGGCCUUCUUUACCAAACCUACUGAGAGCCUUUUUGCAAACAGGGGAACGCUGAGUGGUAAUUAUAUUCCCAUAUCAAAUUACUCAUACAGCUUUCAUACAGAAAGUCUGUGUGAGUGACAAGGUGCCAAAUUGGCUGUCAUUGAUGUUCAUGACACAUAUCACAGAUAAGCAUCUGCUAAGUAGAUUCAUUAAGACCUGAGUGACGCUAUUUGUAAAUAGUUGUGAAGCACACAGACCUUUACUUGGGGGGACAGAUUCCUAAAAAAUAGAAAAUCACAGUUCAGGGAUUCAUAUAUGUAGCUCAACAAUUCCCAAAGUUUACUGUCGGAGCUGGCACUCUCACUACCAAGUAUCCUGUCAGAAGAACAAACUGAAAAUGACUCGUGUUCAUGUUCAAGACAAAUAGCACCGUUAUUUGGGGGACAUUUCUCAAAAGUAGGCUUUUGAGCAUCAUAGUCUAAAUGCCAAUAAAAAUAAUUCAUGUGUAGAAAUGCCUUGGUUCUGAAUUUGAAGAAAGUGGCAACGGUGGUCAAAAGUGGGCACCUGUGACCAAAUGCCCCUUCAUAAAGGAUGGAGAAGAGAAGAAUGGAAUCCUGAAGAUUCGUCCGAGCCACAACUCAGGAUCCAAUACAACUUUAACUGGGAGGAAUACGCUGUUUUCAAAGCAUCAGUGAAGAAGUGAUUCUGAGGCCUGCGAAUUGUGUGGGGAGCUUACUUUGGCGCUAUGUCAAUGAAAGUAGUUGUAAGGACUGCACACCUAGAGGUCCCACUCAACAGCUCUCUGAACCAACUGAAAGGAAAUGUACAGAAAUGCAAAAUAAUUUGUUAUCUGGCACUUGGUUUUUACCUUUUUUUUUAAGCACUGCAAAAUUCAUUUAGAAUAUUAAAACAUCCUAAUUGGGCCUUUUCUUUGUUGUUGUGUGUUUGGUUGCAACUAAGAUAUGAAUUGAGGGGUUAAAAAAAAUAGCUCUUGGGAAAGUAGGUAUUGUCUGCAUUGUAAAUACUUAGUCACAUUCAUGCCAAGGUGUUUAUUUCUUGAAAUGGUUCUUCCACAACACACCGAAGAAUUAAGUUUGAAUGCAAGGGACUUUUUUUGUUUUGAUGGAGAAAACCAGUUUAUGUAUAUUCUAACCACAGAAGGUGGGAAGGGGGAUGAGAAAGGGUAGAGUUGAUCUUUCUAUAAUGAGCUUUGAGUCUGAGUCCAAUUAAUAGAAAGCUUCAUGGGUUCUAGUGAAAUUUAAUGUUUGCUAUGGCAUAUCAAAAUUCUGUUCAAAAGUACAAGCAAAACCCUGCAGAGACUAUUACAUUAUACUUAGCUUGCUUAGAUUAUGUUAACAGUUGAUUAACAAAGUUCCAUUUUAACUGAAAGAACCAUCCAGAGAAGCCAUCAUUCUCUGUUCCCUUGCUGGUCUACAUACUUUUGUUACCAAUUGGCUCUCCAAAUUUUCCUUUUAUAUAUAUAUAUAUAUAUAUUUGUAUCUUAUACUAUCAUAGUUGAGAAAUUUAGUUUCUUAGUCAUUUUUAGCUGUUAUUGUGGGAGACCUCAAAUAAGAUGCCCUUGAGUGUGUGGUUUUAGUGAUGUGCCAUCUUACUAUCAAUGGCGAUUUUAAUUGCAAUAUUCAAGUUGAUGAGAAUGAUUUGUAAGAAUGGAGCUAGUGUAUAAAUUGUUAUAGAAUUUAUUCAGUUAUUAUCCAAGUGUCAGAAAAAUUAAAUCUGAAUUCAUCAUAUGUUAGAGUUUUAAAAUGUGAAUCUACAUCGUAAAUGGGCAUUAAACAUUCUGAAGCGCCUUGUUUGGAGAAUGUCAGCAGCAUAGCUACGUUCAGCUAACGAAAUGCUAAACAUGCGGAAGCUUCGAGAGCCUCGGGACAGAUUUACAGGGAACUACAUAUGUACAUGUGUGUUUCAUUAUUAAACACCCACCUGCACUAUCAGUGUUGCACUAAUGUGGAAUUUGAAAGACUAGUAUAUUGCUGAUACUGUAUAUCUGCACAUCUUUCCUGGUUAGAUUGUUUUAAAGACAAUCUCAAAGAUCUAAAGUUUUAAAGUAAAUCCAUUGGUUUGAAAAUAUUGUCAUCUUGAAGGAAUCACUGUCAUACAUGAAGUUGCUCAGAGCGGUAUUUAUUCUCUUCUUGGUCAAGGUUAACAAUUUCUAAAUGAUUGCAAAUCCACUUAUGAAAUAAUACAUUUACAAAGCCAUUUUCCAUGCAUUAAACGAGGGCUACAAUAUUAUGUUUUACAAAUACUAGCACUUUUUUUUUUUUGCUGAUAUGUACUUAGUGUUAGAGGGUCAAAAUAAUCUUUCUGCUUAGCAUCUCUUAAACCAUACCUGCAAGUAUAGCAGGAUUAUUACAUUUACAGUACUUUAAUACUUGUAUAAACUAUGCAGAAAUUUUUAAUAAAGUGUAAUAUAUUUUAUAAGCUAAUAAGACUGAAUGGGUAAAGGUUUUUAGCAUGCAUUAGUAUACUUGCAAAUACUGAAACAUUUUGGUAAUCUUUCUUACUAAAGAUGUGAAUGUUUAAUGUACCUUCUCUGUUUCUACUCUGUAGUCCAAUGGGAAUUCAGUAAUGACAUUUUGUCAUGUCAAACUGUGAACAUAAAUUUGUACUGUACAGUCCUCAUAUACUAUAUACAGUAUGCAAUAUAUGUAUUAUAUACUUGUUAAUAAAACCAUCAGAAUAUUAAA